UUUCUUCAUAUCAGGUAGAGAGCUCUGUUGUGCCUCUACCAUCAGCUCGUCAAGGCAUGCCAGCAUGUGCUUAACUCCAGCAUCACCAAUUUGAGCCUCCUAUCCUUGCACGACUUCUACUACACUUCCCCAUCAGUGAGAGUUGGCACCAUGAUGUCAUGGUACAACAAGGUGUAUCCUGUUCUGUUGUGGAGCCUGUUUCUGUUGUAUUCUGAGGGAUCUCAGAACUUCACACUCACAGAAGACAGAGGCAGUAUUAUGAGCAUCAAUACAGCAGCAACACAAAAGAGCAGUUUGUCUAUGUUGGAAACCCAUACGGUGAUGUACAACAGCAGUACCCGUGAGGUAGGCGGUGCCAUUACUGUGGGUGUUAACGCCUCAGAGGCAACCAUGAUGACCAGCUUGGGUCCAACCCUUUCUCCCUUAGCAAUGCUCACUUCAUCAGGUACAACCCCAUCUCCCCUCACCACCAACCAACCCACCAGCCAGACGUCCUCUUCCCAUGGGUCAUCUAGCACAUCUGACCUCUUGUCCACCACUACUCCCAGCUCUACCAUCUGGUCCUCCAUCACAGAACUUAACACCACAUCUGAGGUGUCCUCCACCACUGGGCCCUCCUCCAUCUCUGGACCUUUCUCCACCAAUGUCUCAGCCUCCACCCCAGGGCCUAGCUCUACCAUUGUCUCAUCCUCCACCCCAGGGCCUAGCUCUACCAUUGUCUCAUCCUCCACCCCAGGGCCUAGCUCUACCAUUGUCUCAUCCUCCACCCCAGGGCCUAGCUCUACCAUUGUCUCAUCCUCCACCCCAGGGCCUAGCUCUACCAUUGUCUCAUCCUCCACCCCAGGGCCUAGCUCUACCAUUGUCUCAUCCUCCACCCCAGGGCCUAGCUCUACCAUUGUCUCAUCCUCCACCCCAGGGCCUAGCUCUACCAUUGUCUCAUCCUCCACCCCAGGGCCUAGCUCUACCAAUUUCUCAUCCUCCACCAAUGAGACUUUCUUAACCACUUUUCCACCCAUCUCAACCACUGACAAUUCUACCAACUCCUCUUCUGGGGUCCUGAUUCCCAAGAUGAAAACAGAGAAGGUCCCCAUCUUGAUCACCAAGACAACGACCACCAUGACAACAUUACCUUCUAAAAAAGAUCCAUCAGGGGGAGGGGGUCUGCCCUGCUCUCCUACCCGACGGGAUGGUCUGGUGAGCCAGUGUCUGAUUGCCAUUGCCUCCCUGGCUGCAGUGGCCACCUUCUUCAUGGUCAGCUGCAUCAUCCUCUGCACCAAGUACUCCUCCAGGAAGCAUCGCUACAGAGUGGGCACAAACAAUCGGGGCACUGAGAUGGUGUGUAUCUCUGCCCUGCUCCACGAUGACAAUGGUCCCCAUUGGAGACCCCACAUCCCCAAGAGCAACGGAGCCCUGCUGCCUGGAACAGAGUUGGAUAGUGACGAGGAGGGGGGAGAUGAUGUAACCCUCCACAGCUUCCUCCCAGACAAUGAGCAACGAGUCUAGAGUGUAGAUAUGCAGACUGUGUCAGACUCUGUGAAGUGCUAUAUGGUCCAAUUACACAGGGUACACAACUCCAGGCCUGAAGGUUAAUGAUCAUCGCAGCCGUCUUAAAGUUCAUCAAGGGAAAGGAUUAAAAACAGAAACUGUGGGGGCGUAUAAAACCUUUGUAGUUUUCCUACUUACUCUGGGUUAAAUGACCACUUUCUUCAAUUGAUGAGACUUUGAAUUGUACAUCUGACUGGUCGACUGCUGUCAAUAUACAAACUGUUAAUCUUAGAAUAUAUUUUAGCGUCCUCUUUGAAGUUAUUGGUUGGGCCUCGCUGCACAUCCAUCUACAGCAACCAGUAGAGGAAGAGACAGAAACCACAAAUGGAGAACCAAUGAUACGUUACUUUAUUGUGACAUGUUUACAGCAAACAGUGACAAAGUUUGGAGAAGUCAGGUGGUCAAUCAUCCUCAAACAUAACACAACCCAAUGCAGCCUCUGAGUAGUUCUGAGUGAGAUUGAGUUUUUGCACCAUUGCACUGACAUGAUUCUGUUAAUAAUGAAGUUCACCUAAUAGGAUGAGAACAGUCAUGUAAAAAAAAAGUUUGCUACACAGACAGUUUAUUAGAGAGAUUUAGGAUUCUACAAUUGAUUUAUAGAUCUGGAAGUAAAGUUCAUGCUAUUUUUUAAGAGAAUCGUUCCUGCACAUACACACUUAUAGAGUUAUAAGAAAACCUAGACUGCUUAUGAUGACUCACUGUUCGUUUGGUCACUGGGUGGAUGGGGCUAUUUAGAGUUGUAUGUGGUCAGAAUCUUAUAGCCUUCAAUGUUCUGAGUGGAAAUACAUGAUACAAAAAAACAAAAAACAUCAUUAUUUUAUUUUAUACAUGCUUUAGACAAUAUGUAUCCUUGUGAGCAAUUUAGCAUUUAUUUGUUUUCUGCAAAAAAGCUUGUUCUUCUUCUUGUUAGGUCUUGAUAACAAAACCAUCUGCCUUGAUGUACAGUGAGCCAAAACAUAGACUGUAUGAAGUAUAUCAAAUAUGGUCAGGGUCAAGCGAAUGUGAGAUGUGAUGAAAUGUCCUUUACAGGGUGUUAAAUAAGUCUGUAACCUUCUGUAUUGAGUGUCUGUGUAGAUAGUCCCAGACGUUCGGCAGAUGUUUCUUGUGUCCUUGUCUUGCCAUAAUAUGUCAUAAUACAAAGAUACAGUAUCAUUGCUAAACCCAGACCCCCUUCAAACCUUUCAAGCCCUCAGAUGUUUUUCUUUUUCACUUUUUGGGGUCUUCCCUCCGUGUGAGAGAGGGACAGGUUUCCUAGAGACACCACAUGUCUGUUUAUCUCUGAGUCCAGUCAAACACAAUGACGAGGCUCCACAAUUUAACUGAAAAUUGAUCACAAAGGACUGGAACAAAUGAAUAGAUCAUAACGAAACUGUAAAGAAAUGACAAAGUGAUAUUAAACAACGGGCAGCUGGCUAA